AUGACGGUCCUUACGCCUGCUACCCACGUCCCGACAUGGGACGUGAAGCAACUAAAACAAAUGGCAGCAGGAGGUAGUGCUGGAAUUGUAGCAAAGACAGUUGUGGCACCAUUUGAGCGUGUGAAAAUCGUGUGUCAAACGGGUGAGAGCGUUGGAAUGUGGCAGACGACGUUUCGAAUCUGGAUAAGUGAAGGGUUUGUAGGCUUUUGGCGUGGAAAUCUAGCCGCCUGUGUACGCGUUGUACCCCAUAAGGCCAUCUUAUUUGCAUUUUCGGAUUUUUACAAGGAGAUUUUUCGAUCUUUUGACAUUUCUGGUGGAAAGGAAUUGCCCCUUUGGGGAUCAUUUCUCGCAGGUUCUCUCUCAGGGUUUACAGCAUCGAUGAUUACGUAUCCGUUAGAUCUCAUUCGUACACGGGUAUCGGGACAAAUUGGAGAUCAAUUAAUGUAUACUGGUAUUAUUCAUACAUUUAUGAAAACAUUAAAGGAAGAAGGUCCACGUGCUUUAUUUCGAGGAAUUGGUCCGACGUUAUUUGGAGCUUUUCCCUAUGAAGGAAUCAAGUUUGGAUCAUAUGAUGUCCUUACGGGUUUACUACUGAAUGAUACGGACUUGAAGACGAAUUUUACAGGUAAAAUUCUGUGUGGAGGAGGUGCAGGAGUAGUAGCUACGAUCUUUACGUAUCCAAAUGAUACGGUGAGACGACGAAUGCAGAUGCAAGGGGCAGGAGGGACGACUCGACAAUAUCGAAAUGCAUGGGACUGUUACGUCAAGUUGAUGAAGAAUGAAGGCUGGACGGUCUACUACCGAGGACUCACACCUACGCUUGUGAGAGCUAUGCCCAACAUGGGGGUACAAUUUGCAACACAAAUAAAACAUGUGCAUGAACUACGUUGUCUGUCACCAUUUGGGAUCGUCACCUGCGUGCUUGUUCGUUACUCGUAA